CAGGGAAGCCAGAACCAUGGCGGAGGACUAUCCCUACCCGGUUCUGGUGGAGCUGGAGGAAAACAGCGCACCGAGACUCAAAAACAAGUUGGUGAAGUAUUUUCAGAGCAGGAAGUCUAACGGAGGAGACUGCCAGGUGGACUAUGAGUCCGGCAGCAGAACUGCGCUGCUGCGUUUCCGCAGCGAGGAGGACCAGCGAAAUGUCCUGGUCAAAGAGGCACAUAAGAUCUCCUUGGACCAGGGGGUGUUAAAAAUGAAAGUUUCACUUCCUCCAGAAGGGGAAAAGGUGGAGCCAUCUGAUAAAGGCAACAAAAAGUCGGACCAUGCAGGGUCCAACAAACAGUCGACAGCUGAUGAACACAACCGUGUGGAUGAAGGCCAGACACGGGCAGAAGGUGGAGAUGGUGAUUCAGCAGACGAGGAGCCGUGUUCCACCUCGGCUGUUUUGGGGAACAUCCCAGAGUCCGUAACCCUUGAAUUCCUGGAUAUGCUCGUGGAAAACAUCUCCAGAGAUCUCAGCUCUCCGACUGCCUCCGAGGGCUACACUUUGGAAGUCAUUCCUGACAUCUCGUCUGCAGUUGUGACUUUCCAGAGAGCAAAAGAUAACACCGAGUUCAUAGAGAGGUGUCCUCUAAACCGGAUGUUCACAAGGAAGGGCUUAUCAAUCCGCCCACUUGAGACAACGAAGAAAGUUGUGGUUGAAGGGACUUCAGACUUCAGUGCAGACAUUCUGUCUCUUUACUUUGAGAGCAAAGGCGGAGAAGUGGAAGAUGUUCAACUUAACGAAGCUGAACAGACUGCUGUCAUCACAUUUCAGAACCACCAAGCUGUACAGAAAGUCCUAAGUAAGAAGCACGAAAUAAAAAAGGAAGAAGUCAAAGUCUACCCGUAUUACAAAUCUUUGGGAGUAGCACUUUAUGGGAAAGAUAAGCCACCGGCAAAACUUCCCACUGCAAUCUCUGAACCCAUUGACAAUGCCGUCCUAAAAUACCUAGCUAACAACAAAGCAGCUCAGGAGACUGUUCGUUGUGACUUGGAAAAACAUUUCUGCAGCGUAACCCUGGAGCCGUCUGCUGUGCGCCUCAGUGCCUUGCCUUUGUUACUGAAGCAAAAAGAUAACAAAGCCACCAUCAAAGAGUGGCCAAAUGCUGUGAAGUCAGCUUUUGCUCAGGCUGUGUCAAAAUUCAAAUCCAUCAGAUUCCCCCUGGAGUCAGACGUGUGGGAGGAGUCACAGCAGAAGAUUAAGGAGAAACUCCAGAAGGAAGACGUGGUCGUGGUUUCUGAUAAAACCAGUGGUGUCCUGUCAGUGGCCGGCCUGGUGAAUGACGUCGACACGCUCCAGAAACCUGUUUCAGACAUUCUAGAUGGGAUUAGGGAGAGGGCCCGAAGGGCAAAACUAAGUAAGACCCAAGAGAUCAACGUCUCGCCAAGCAUGUUCCACAUCCUUUCCCAAAAUGGCCUUAAGGAUAAACUCUUGCAAGUGUACCCAGAACUCAAAAUGUCCUAUGACCAAAAUAACAAAGCGGUGAAAGUAACUGGCUUUGUGGACGAGAUUAUUGAUGCCACCAAAGUGAUAAGCAAUGCAAUGUUUGCAUUAAAACGACAGAAUCUAGAGCUAGAUCAACAUUUGCUUGACAUGUUGAAGGGAGAACAACAAGAGGAAGUCACAAAUGCGCUUCUCACAGCCUACGGUUUAAACGCAGCCUUGGAAAUCAGUCCGCAGAGGGUGCAGCUUGUUGCUGUUUCUGAUAAGGAUCUAAUGAAUGCUCAAGACCAUCUGAGCCAAACACUGAAAUCUCAGUACAUUGAGGUUGAAGACGUUGAAGUCCUGAAGAAUCCAGAGUGGCAGGAGCUGGUCCAUCAGCUAGAAAAAACCAACAGCGCGCCAGGAGUGAGAACUCAGAUUAUAACUCGUCAUCAGCAAGUGAUAGUGUCCGGUCAGAAGGACAGCGUGGACCUCGUCAGCAGUGAACUAGAAGACUUUUUAACAGAAAACGCUCAUGUUGAAGAAUGUGUUGAUGUUGAGGCAAAUGUCGUCAUUGAGUACCUUAAAAGUCAGACACCCUGGUUAAACCAACUGGAAGGUGGGGUGGAGGUGGCCUUUGCAAAGGAGGACAUCAUCCUAAGUGGCUGUAGAUCUGCUGUGAAAGACUGCAAGACCAUAGUCAGAGAUUUAGUCUCUUCUGUGUUCUUCGAUAGUUUUACAGUCACAAAACCUGGAGUCAAGAAGUUUUUUCAGGAAAAACAACCUGUGUAUGCUGCCAUUAUUAAGAAUGACACAGGCUGCCUCGUCCAACUGGUUGAUGACUCUAAUGACAAACAAGAAGACUUUGCCAUUGCUCAAAUGCACAAACCUGUUUACAAAACGCAAACAACUGAUGGAGUGGAGAUAUUGGUCUCCAAGGCAGACAUUUGCAGUUACUCUGUGGAUGCUGUUGUCAACCCUUCUACUGAGGACUUGAAACACAACGGAGGUCUUGCUUUGGCACUUUCAACAGCUGCAGGUCCUCAGCUGCAGCUCGAAUGUGAUCAAAUAGUCAGCUUAAAAGGAAAACUCCGACCUGGAGAUAGUGUUGUAACUGAUGCUGGGGGAACGCUGCGUUGCAAAAAAGUGAUCCACGCCGUUGGACCCUUCUUUGAUCCCACUAAGCCAAAGAAGUGUGAGGCUCAGUUGAGAAGAACUGUUAAAGGAAGCUUAGAACUUGCUGAGACGUGUGGCUGUGAUUCUGUGGCUCUUCCUGCCAUCAGCAGAAGUCUCAACUUUCCCCUCAACCUGUGCCUAGACACCAUUGUUAAAGCAAUUAAGGAAUACUGCGAUGAAAGGUAUGAUGACAACACCUUGAAGACGAUUCAUCUGGUGGGCAACGAUGACAAUGUUGUUCUUGAAAUGGAGGCUGCUGUGAAGAAGGAGUUUGGAAAUCAAGGAGUUAGUGUGUUCCCACAAAGUCAUGUCCCUAAAGUUAUUCCCAAGUCUCCCCUGCUUAAGCUAGCUCCAUCUGACCCAAGCUUGUGCCGAGCGCAGACCAAAGAGGGCUUGAACAUCGUUCUUAAGAAGGGAAAUAUUGAGGCUUCCAAGACAGAGGUAAUUGUGAACACAGCGGCGGAGGAUCUGGUGUUGGACAAAGGGGCGAUUUCAAAAGCCAUCUUCGGUGCAGCUGGACCCAAGCUUCAGCAGCUGGUUCACAGCCAGAAAACCGGAGGAGCUCCAGGCGAGAUUGUUGUUACGGACAGCUGCAAGCUAAAGAGCAAACAGGUUUUCCACGCGAUUGCUCCGAGCUGGGACAAAGGCCAAGGGACGGCUGAAAAGACUCUGACUGGGAUCUUUAAAGAUUGCUUGGACCUGGCAGAGAAAAAUCGUUUGGCGUCUAUAUCGUUCCCGGCAGUUGGCACCGGAAACUUGGGUUUUCCGAAAGAUCUCGUUGCCUCCUCGAUGCUGGAUAAGAUCUUAGAGUUCAGCAGCCAGAGACAAUCCAAACACCUUAAGAAAGUUUCGGUUGUUCUUUAUCCCGGGGAUACAGAGACUAUUAAGGCAUUUACUGAUGAAUUUAAGAAGAAGUUCCCCAGUGCCACGUCUCUUCCUGUACCUCCACGUUCAGCGGCAGCAGGCGCUUCACAAAGUACAGGCAAAUUUUCCAAAGUUGUCUCCAGUUCAGGAAUGCAUGAGACUAAACUGGGAAAUGCGACGGUGCAAGUAGCAACUGGAGAUAUAACCAAGGAGACCACUGAUGUCAUCGUCAACUCUUCAAAUGACAGCUUCUCUCUCAAGUCAGGGGUGUCCAAGGCUAUUAUGGAUGCAGCAGGUGUAGCUGUUUUAGAAGAAUGCCAAUACCUUGGUGCCCAGCCCAAUCCAGGCAUGAUAAUGACUGUACCAGGAAACCUACAGUGCAGAAAGAUUCUCCACCUAGUUGGCCAGACGGACCCAGUAAAAAUCCAAAAGGCCGUAAAGGAAGCACUUGAGAUGUGUUUGAAGAACUCCCACACCUCUGUUUCAUUUCCUGCCAUUGGCACAGGUCAGGGCAACGUGCAGGCGAAACAGGUGGCCGACGCCAUGUUGGACGCAGUGAUUGAUGUCUUGAACCAGAACCCCUCCAGCUCCCUGACUUUAAUCCGGAUUGUCAUUUUCCAGCAACCUAUGUUAAAAGAUUUCUGCAGCAGCAUGCAAGAAAGGGAAGCCGCCGAACCAAAGGAUAAAGGAGGAUUCUGGAUGAGUGUUGGACACAAGAUCAAAUCACUGUUUAUAUCUGACAGUUCUGAACAAAACCAGGAAGAGGAGAUGUUUGAUUUUGAGACCAUCAAGGCGGACCCUGCUAUUUUCCACAUCUGUGGUGACACUCAGGCCAACGUAGAUGCUGCAAAGAAAAAGAUAAAUACCCUGAUAUCAGAAGAACAAGACAGCAUGAAAAUAACCGACAACGCCAUCUUAAACCUUUCUUCCGCAGACUGUCAGCGCAUUGCUGACAUCCAAAAGGACCUGGGUGUGAGCAUCAAGCAUGACACCAAUAAUGGCCAAACCUCACUCGUCAUUGAGGGUCUCAGUAGAGAUGUGCUCAAAGCUAACCGAAAGAUAGAUGUUAUGCUGAGGAAGGUGAGAGAUGACCAGGAGCUAAAGAAGAAGUUGGAGCUGGCAGCCACUGUGGCUGAUUGGCAGUACCAGCGGCACGGGCUUAGUUAUCAGAGCUUUGAUCAGUUGACAAACUACGAGCUUGAGCAUGCGUUGGAGAGGGCAAAAACCAGUGUGAAGGUUACCAUUCAGGGCUCCAGCUAUACUGUGAAGAUGCCUGACGGACCAGCCACUGACAGCAAGGGAAACAUCUUGCAGAUAAGAAGAGUUGACAAACUUAGAGCUGAUGAUGUUCCUGAGUUUUGGGAUACCAUGCCAGCUGGCCAAACGUGCCAUGCUGUCCCCAUCCAGGCUACGUCAUCAGAGUACGCAGAGGUCCUCAAUCUCUUCAAAGCCACAUGUAAUCGUACUGUUGCAAAGAUUGAAAGGAUCCAGAACCCUGCACUGUGGAAAAGUCUUCAGAUCAAGAAACAGGAGAUGGAGGUGAGAAAUAAACAUCAGAACAAUGAGAAACGUCUCUUCCACGGCACCAGUGAAACCACGGUUCCCAUCAUCAAUGAACGCGGCUUCAACAGAAGCUACGCCGGAAAAAACGCUACCUGUUAUGGUAAAGGCGCCUAUUUUGCUGUUAAUGCCAGUUACUCCUCCAGCGACACCUACUCCAGGCCCAACCAGAAUGGAGAGAAGUUCAUGUACCUGUGCAGGGUGCUGACAGGAGACCACGCCCUGGGACAGCAGAACAUGAUUGCUCCUCCAUCCAAAGGCUCUGGCGUUGACCUGUAUGACAGCGUGGUGGACAACAUGACCACUCCAAGCAUGUUUAUAGUGUUUCAUGACACCCAGGCCUAUCCUGAGUAUCUGAUUACUUUCAAGUAAGGCAACCAGAAAAUGUUAAAUAUAUUUGCAGCAUUGUUAUCUGAUAACCAUUUGUUUCCCUGAAAUACUUAUUUGAACUUGCUUUAAUCUUACUUGGUUAGUAGUUUGUAUUAAGGAAGAUUAAGUGCCUCAAUGUGAUGCCUUAAGGUAUCAUACAUACACAAGAAUUGGGUCCUGAAAGCAGGAACCAUAGAAAUAUCCAAUUAAAAGGGCUAUAGAAACCUUUGUUGUUGCCUUUGAGCUGUUUAAUAGCUCAAUCUUCUGAGCAUCAGUAUGUGAGACUACUGACAAGGACCUGCUCUGUUCUAGAAAUCAUGUAAUUGUUGAAGUUUAACGCUGUGUUUUAUAGGAAUAACGCUUAUUCCUAAUUCUAGAAAUUGAAAAUGAAACUUGAUGGGUGUUUCCUGAAAGUGAAAUGAACAAUCAGGGGGAUUUUUCAGAACAAGCUGCUAGAAAACUUCUACACUUAAAAAAAAAAAAAAAAUCAAUAAAACAUUCUUUAAAGACUC